GUUGGUUGAAACAGUAGUUGCAGAGACAUGGUUAGUUCUGCUGACUCUGUCAAGUCAUCUUCUCUCUCGUUUACUUUACGUUAAGAUCUCUUUCUUCCUCCAGAAAACAGAGACAUCCACUUUCCUGCAAACUCAAUUCUUUUCCGUCUUGAACUUUUUUUCCCAUCAAAGCUAAGCCUUUCUCUAAUUUCCCAUGGAAACACACAGAAAAUAAACAGUUAGCAUCACCUAAUUCUCUUUAACAUCUUGUUUUCUCUGGAAAAUCUUCAAAAAAAAACGAAAAACAGAGACACCAUUUGCGAAAAGUCAUUACUUCCCGACUCAGUUUCACUUUCUAAGGGAAACAAAACAAAAUAAUUUGGAAACUCUGUUUUUUUUGUUUGUCUAAUCAGAAACAAAUGUCUUUGAUCAAUAAAGGAGCCACCUUGGCUCUGUUUCUAGCGUUGACCAUGGUGUUCAACGGCGUUUUCGGGAGAUUCAUCGUUGAGAAGAGCAGCGUCACGAUCUUAAGCCCUUUGGCAAUGCGGUCGAAACACGACGCAGCCAUCGCUAACUUCGGUGUGCCUAACUACGGUGGUUACAUGAUCGGCUCGGUCGUCUACGCCGGUCAAGGAGCUUUUGGAUGCGAUUCCUUUGACAAGUCUUUCAAACCCAAAUUCCCUCGUCCUACCAUCUUGAUCAUCGAUCGUGGAGAGUGCUACUUUGCAUUAAAGGUAUGGAACGGUCAAAAAUCCGGUGCAGCAGCAGUUCUAAUAGCAGAUAACGUAGACGAGUCACUGAUAACAAUGGAUUCACCUGAAGAAUCAAAAGAAGCUGAUGACUUCAUAGAGAAACUCACCAUUCCAUCUGCUUUAAUCGACCUUUCUUUCGCAAACACCCUCAAGCAAGCUCUCAAGAAAGGAGAGGAAGUAGUCCUCAAGAUAGACUGGAGCGAGUCACUGCCUCAUCCGGAUGAGAGAGUUGAGUAUGAGCUAUGGACUAACACGAACGAUGAGUGUGGUGCGCGGUGCGAUGAGCAGAUGAAUUUUGUAAAAAACUUUAAAGGGCACGCGCAGAUUCUUGAGAAAGGAGGAUACUCUUUGUUCACACCUCAUUACAUUACAUGGUUUUGUCCUAAAGAUUAUGUUUCAAGCAAUCAGUGUAAGUCUCAGUGUAUAAACCAAGGGAGGUAUUGUGCUCCUGACCCUGAACAAGACUUUGGAGAUGGAUACGAUGGGAAAGACAUUGUUUUCGAGAACUUGAGACAGUUAUGUGUUCAUAGAGUAGGGAAAGAGAUUAACAAGUCUUGGGUUUGGUGGGACUAUGUGACUGAUUUUCACAUCAGGUGUUCCAUGAAGGAGAAGAAGUAUACUAAAGAAUGUGCAGAGAGUGUUGUGGAAUCUCUAGGUUUGCCACUUGACAAGAUCAAGAAAUGUAUGGGUGAUCCUGCAGCUGAUGUGGAGAAUGAGGUUUUAAAAGGUGAGCAAGCACUUCAGGUUGGACAGGGAGACCGUGGGGAUGUCACAAUCUUGCCAACAUUGAUCAUCAACAAUGCUCAAUACCGCGGUAAACUCGAGAGUAGUUCGGUACUAAAGGCUAUAUGUUCAGGUUUCAAGGAGAGAACCGAACCCGGGAUCUGUCUAAGUGGAGAUAUAGAAACAAAUGAAUGUCUUGAAGCAAAUGGAGGAUGUUGGCAAGACAAGAAAUCUAAUGUAACAGCUUGCAAGGACACAUUUAGGGGAAGAGUCUGUGAAUGCCCUGUUGUGAAUGGUGUGCAGUAUAAAGGAGAUGGCUAUACUUCAUGUGAACCUUAUGGACCUGCGAGAUGUUCAAUGAAUCAAGGAGGCUGCUGGUCUGAAACCAAAAAGGGCCUAACCUUCUCUGCUUGUUCGAACACCGAGACAUCUGGAUGUCGUUGCCCUUCAGGUUUCAAAGGAGAUGGUCUUAAAUGUGAAGACAUUGAUGAAUGUAAGGAGAAAUCAGCUUGUCAGUGUGAUGGAUGCAAGUGUAACAACAAAUGGGGAAGCUUCGAAUGCAAAUGCUCUGGCAAUCGUCUCUACAUGAAAGAACCGGACACUUGUAUCGAGAAAAGCGGAUCAGGAAUUGGAUGGUUCUUUACAUUUGUGAUACUAGCUGCAGUUGGAGGUAUCUGUGUAGGGGGCUACGUGUUCUACAAGUAUCGUCUCAGGUCUUACAUGGAUUCAGAAAUCAUGGCGAUUAUGUCUCAGUACAUGCCAUUGGAGAGCCAAAACACUACUGAUCCAAUGACUGGUGAAUCUCAACAACUGAGAUUAACUUCUGCAGCCUAAAAUUCAUUUUUCACUUUUGUUUAAAAGCUAAUUUGCUGUUGCGACAACCUCAAGGAAAGUCUUAUUCAAAAGCUAAAGAAAAAAAUUUAUUUUCUUCUUUA